CCAGCAAGUACUCGCAUGGUUCAUGUUGUGUCUGAAAAUGUAAUAAAUAUUUACUUAGCUAAGAACAGAAGCAGCAUGUUCUCACUGCAUAUAUUCAUCAGUUGCUUUUUAUUCACUUCUACUUCACAAGAAAAUGAAGAAGUUAACGAAAGACCUGUUAUUGGUGUUGCUGUAAUGAAAAUUACAGAUGAAAAGUUGAUACAAACCUAUCCCGCGCUAGUGGGAAAGCAUUAUGUUCCAGCUAGCUACGUAAAGUUGAUUGAAAUGACAGGCGCUAGGCUAGUUCCCAUUUCACCUAAAAUGGCCACUGAUACAGUUGAAUAUAUUUUUAACUCUGUUAAUGGUUUGUUAUUUGCAGGAGAAGGGGAUGAUUUGAAUGAUUCUGGAUAUUACAAUUUAACGAAAAAACUUUUCGAAUUUUCUAUAAUUGACAAUAAAAAUGGCGCUGUAGUUCCUCUUCUUGGUAUUGGUUCUGGUUUCCAAGCACUUGUUCUGCAUGUUGAAGGAAACAAAUCACCUUUUAUCGUCACAGAUUCAUAUGAUUAUUCUACCACCGUCAACUGGAACGUAAACGAAAUGAAAAAUCACUCAUUUCUUUCGUCAAUGCCAAAAGAAAUGAUACGUGAUUGUGAAAAGCAACCCAUAACGGCACACUUUCACAAAUACAGUGUCGCUUCACAAUGUUUCAAACGUUCUGCUAAACUGAACAGAUUCUUUAAAGUUUUGGGUACAAGUUCUGAUCGCAAUGGGAAGGAAUUUGUUUCUGCCAUAGAAGGUAAAAAGUUUCCGUUUUAUGGCAUACAGUUUCAUCCAGAAAAGACUAUGUUUGAAUGGUCAACAGCAAUUUCUAUUCCACAUUCUCCACAGGCUGUUCAGCUUAGUCAAUUUAUAGCCAACUCGUUUAUGGAGCAAGUUCGACGAAACAAGAGGCAUUUCUCCAACAGCUUUAGUGAAGGCGAAUAUCUCAUUGAAAAGUACCAUGUGCUAAGAACAAAUAAUACUGACAGUCAUCCAUUUAGAGUCAUUUAAGGUGGCAGUAACCCUUUUUGCAUCAUUAGUUUUGAUAUUUUACGACUAUAUAUUCAUAUUUUUCCUGGUAUAACACAUUUCCUAACAUUCUCAGGGAAUAAUAAAGAAAGUUCGUAUUGAUAAUAGCUACACAUACGGAAAAAUCCACCUGUUUGAACGGCUAAAAAUGCGUUACUGCCAUCUUAAAAGAUUUGGUUUUGCAAAAUCUAGAACAAGUUCCAUUAACAAAAUUGCAUGCUAAACUUGACAAAUAUUUAUUCAUUAGCUUUACAUUGUCAUUAUUUUUCAGCGUUUGAUCAAAAGUGGAAAUUAAUUUAUUGAGUAAAUAAAUUAAUUAUUAUAAAA